AGAUAACGCGAAAGACCACGCCAGGGUUCGUAAGAGAAACGAUAGCGAUUAAGAGAAAGCUUUGACAGCAUGUGCCGCGAUAAAGCGUCCUACCUUCCUGAUUAGCGUUGAACGCGCGCCGGCCUUUCUCGCACUGUAACAGUCCAGGUCCCGCCGCCACUUCUACAGGAAGGAGCCCCACUUCGCGUUGAUAGGUCGACGCUGAAGAUAAAAAACUAUAAUGAAGAUAAACGUAGUCUGGACUGCGUUUCUUCUCACCGCAGCAUGCUGUCAAGCCAAUGAUGUACAAAGAAAAACAAAGCUUGGAACGCUGAGAGGGAACCGGCGGAAAGUUCUAGACAUUGUGAUAGAAGAGUACUUGGGAAUUCCGUACGCCGAACCGCCAACUGGAGAUCUGCGGUUCAAAGAGCCCGUUCCUCGCUCGCCUUGGAAAGGAACUUACGACGCUACGACAGGAGGCAGCGUUUGUCCGCAAAACCGCGACGUAAAGAAACCGCUGACACACACAGAAGACUGCCUUCAUCUGAAUGUAUGGAUGCCCAAAAGUGCACAGAAGAGCCCUGUCCUUGUCUGGAUACACGGGGGUGGUUUCAGCUUUGGUAGCGGGUCUGACAAGAACUCCAUCGGUUCAGUUUUGGCUGCCAAGACGGGAUUUGUGGUCGUGUCCAUCAACUAUCGCCUGGGCGUGCUGGGCUUUCUCAACGCCAACUCUCCAGAUGCUCCUGGUAACCAGGGACUCUUGGACCAGAAUCUGGCGCUGAAGUGGGUGCGCGACAACAUCGAAGCCUUCGGAGGAGAUCCUUCCAUGGUCACUAUCUUCGGCGACAGUGUAGGAGGCAUGAGCGUUCACAGUCAUAUUUUAUCACCUAUGAGCCAAGGGCUCUUCAAGAGAGCGGUGAUGAUGAGUGGUAAUCUGUACACUAUCGAUUUUUUCGACAGUACCCACGAAAGUAUCAUCAAGGGAAACAAGGUUGCUCAGCUGGUUGGUUGUGCGGAACCGGCCAGGGAUCUCGUGUCCCACCCCGACCAAGUUCUGCAGUGCUUACGGUCAAAAAAGGUGGACGAAUUGGUCCUGGCCUCAACCGAAGUGUCAAAGCCGAAGGUAUUCAGCUUCUUUCCUACGUACAACGACCAAUUUAUUCCGAAAGUCCCGAGGGUUGCCAUAGACCGUGGCUUCUUCCAAGACGUGGAGGUCCUCAUGGGAGUGACGACGGACGAAGGAGCCAUGUCGCUCCAGUUUCCUCACACCCCAGAACUAUUGACAGAAUCCUUAGCAGACAUCGCGCAAGACGGCCUUGAUGACGCACUCCGCAGGUCCGUGCUGUCCUGGACCAAGUCCGACAUCACUAGUCUGCUUGAAGAAUAUAAGGACAAGGUACCUCCUGAAGAUAAGGAAGGAUUGAGGCGGGCUUAUAUAGACUACAUGUCGGACAGAGCAUUCAACUGCCCUGCACAGUUCUCUGCCGAGAAGCACUCAGCAAGAGGAAACCCCGUCUAUUUUUACAUUUUUGCUCAUAGAUCAAAGAAGGAUGGGCUUCCAUCAUGGGUGCGCGCCCCUCACUACUCGGACGUUCCGUACUUUUUGGCGCUACCCUUUAAUGACGAUGCUGGCUACACAGACGAAGACAGGGAGCUCUGCGAGGACGUGGUCACAAUGCUUGCAUCAUUCGCAAAAACAGGCACCCCUGAGCUGCCAGGCGUCGACACGUGGCGGAAAUACACAAAGGAUGCACCUGUUGCAAUGUUGCUGGCAGCCAACAACUUCACGGAGGUUCGCGUGUAUUGGAACGAUGUGUGCGAUCUCUGGAGGAAGGUUUUCUAGGAUCGUCGGUCAAUACCCUUGUAUCCUCAAUGCCCGUUCGCACAUUUUAGUUUGCUUAGAAAAGAGCUCAUCAGAUUUCUUAUAACGAGAGUACACAUUAGCUCACUGGAGUCAUCUAUGAUGUCACCCUCGAACUGCAUUUCAUUAGAGCGAAGGUUUUGCGCUAUUUGCGAGAUCAUUGAUUCUUUCAAAACUACUCAUGCCAUUUUCACGGAUUUUGCUAAAGUCUUCGAUUCCGGAUUUAUAGCUAAACAUUCAUUCUGUUAUCAUACAAUGGAUUGAAAGUGUACUCAUUAACCAUAAGCAGGCUACGUAAGCUGCAAAAGUCUACUAAAUCAUCAGUGAAAUUGGGGGUUCCUUAGAGAAGCCUGUUGAUACCACUUUUAUUUGAAGUAUAUAUAAGACCUCCCACUAUAUUUACAAUCUCACAAAAGGCACUUUGCGGAUGACUGUGUUAUUUAUCGUCGCAUCACUAACUCAGAUGAAGCACUGUUACAAGAGGAUCUUAACAUCAUUUCACUUUGGUACAACACAUGGCAACUAAAAUUUGACACAAUGAAGACAAAAUAUGACUCAUUUCUCAGCCGACCUUCUUCCUCACUAAGAAAGUAUGCACUCAACCUCGCCGACAGAAAAAGAACUUACCAGUAGGACUCAUAUUUGCGGAGGACCUCACUUGGAAUGACAACAUUAUUAACACCGUGCCGUGUGCAUGUAAAGCACUAGGGUUCAUUAAACGCAAUCUUUUUAGCUCAUCAAAGACCCUAAAACUCACAAAAUAUAAAACAUUUGUCAGUUCGAAUCUAGAAUAUGUUUAUAUCAUCUGGUCUCCUCAUCAAGCAUGAAUUAUUAACAAACUUGAAUUUGUUCAGAAUAAAGCAUCACGUUACAUUACUCGAGACUAACCAUAUCUUCAAGUGUCACAGCUAUUGAAAAAAAAAAAAAAA